AAAAGAAAAACGAAAGUGACAGCUGGAGCCCAUGAUUUCCUGGAAGAGCAAACCAGUUUCGCAAUCAAUUCCUGUUAAAAAGCCACCCUACUCUUGCUAUCUGUCUUUCUCCAGCCCAGACGCUCACAGCCUCCUGCAGGACCAGGGGGCCUCGGAGAGUCAAGGACAGAGGUUCAGGAUCUUCCUCUCCCUCGGGACCCGAGGCCACAAAGGAGAGCUCCGUGGAGAGAAGGUAGUACAGCGUCUCUUCCCAGCCAGAACACCUGUCAUUCUGAAUAUGAGUAGGAUCAGAAACACGCUACCUCCAGCCUGCCAAGAAAAUCAUUUGACUCCUGGGGACACAGAUUUGGUGCCACAGAGGCUGCUGGACAACCAGGCAGAGAAAGAAAGUGAGGCUGGUGUUGAUUUGAAAAGGGAUGAGGAAGAUGUUCCUCUGUGUGAAGAUGUGGAGCUACAAGACAGAGAUCUGUCCCCCGAAGAAAAAAUAUUUUUGAAAGAAUUUCCCAGAUUGAAAAAAGAUCUAAAAGGGAACAUUAACAAGCUCCGUGCCCUUGCAGAGGAUGUUGACAAAACCCAUAAGAAAUUCACCAAGGCUAACAUAGUGGUCAACUCUACUGCUGUCAUCAGUGAAGCGAUGAGCCUCCUGGGUUUCGCCUUUGCCCCAGUAACAGGAGGAGUAAGCCUACUGCUCUACACCACUGGUCAAGGUUUGGCAGCAGCAGCUGCGGUCACCAGCAUCGUGAGUGGUAUGUUGGAAAAAUCCGAAAAUAAAAAAGCCCAAGCACAGGCUGAAGACAUACUGCCCACCCAUGACCAAGAGGACAGGGAGGAUGAGGAAAACAGGGCAGACUAUGUCACAGCUGCUGCAAAGAUUUCCUAUAGUGGUGUAAACACCUUGGAGUAUGCCAAGAAAAACAUCCAUGUAUUUCAGAAACUCAGAGCUGACCCACGCUUGGCCAGUGCUAGCAAGCGUCUUCUGACCACUGGCCAAGUCUCCUCCCAGAGCAUCGAGCAUAUACAAAAGGCCUUUGGGGAAACACUGCCGAUGACCAAAAAUGCUUGCCUGCGGGGAGGUGUGAUGUCCGUCAUCUCCCUUGGCUUUGACUGGGCCACUCUCUCAAAGGAAUGGAAGCACCUGAAGGAAGGAGCAAGGACAAAGUUUGCGGAAGAGUUGAGAGCCGAGGCCUCGGAGCUGGAGAGGAAACUCACCUUACUCACCGAGUACUACCAGAGCUUGCAACAGAAAGUUGAAGUCCUAAACCAAAAUGUGGCUGUAUUUAGAGAUGGACCCUUUGGGAGGUAAUUAGGGUUGAAUGAGGCCAUAGGGUGAGGUUCUUACCCAAUGGAAUUGACCUCCUUAUAAGAGGAAGAGGAAAUACAAGAGGACCUCCCCACCCCUGCUGCACACCUGCACUGAAGGAAGGCUAUUUGUAGACACAGCAAGAAGGCAGCCAUCUGCAAGGCAGAAGAAGAGAGCCCUCACCAGGAACUGAAUGAAUCAGCAGCUCAGCCGGGGACUUCUAGCCUCUGGAACUGUGAAACAAUAAAUUUCUGUGGUGUAAGCAACUCAAUCUAUAGUAGUUCAUUACUAGUUUGUUAUAGUAACCGAAGAUGACUAAGCCAAGGAGGUUAUGUCACUCGCCAAGUGUCUUAGUCUGUUUGUGCUGCUUUAACAAAAUACCUUAGACGGAGUAAUUUACAAACAACAGAGAUGUACCCAGAAACCCACAGUUCUGGAGGCUGGGAAGUCCAAAAUCAAGGCACCAGCAGAUUCCGUAUCUGGUGAAGGUUCACUCUGCUUCACAGAUGGCACCGUCUUGCUGUGUCCUCAUAUGGCAGAAGGGGCAAACAGGCCCCCCGGGUCUCUUUUAUAAAGGCACUAAUUCCAUGCCUAAAGGCAGGGCCCUCAUGACUCUAUCACCUACCAAAAGGCUCCACUUAUUUAUACUAUUGGAGGUGUAGAAGGAACUUCCUUUCUAGACCUUGAAGGUUUAAGAAUUUGAAUCUAUAAAACAAGCUGACAAUAGACAGGUUAACAGGAGAAAAGGCAUAUACAUUUUUUAAUGUGGGCCAGAUGGUGGAAGCUUAAAUAGCACCCCAAGCUACAGGAAGUGGGGCCCCUGAUGGGGAGGUAAAGACACAGGCCAUGGGAGGGGGUAGGGGCAGGAAGUAUAUGGUAAGCAAAGUUUGCCUUAUUACACUGAGAAAGUGUAAUUACACUGAUAAAGGUAGAUCACCUGAGGUCAGGACUUUGAGACCAGCCUGGCCAACAUGGCAAUACCUUGUCUCUACUAUAAAUACAAAAAUUAGCCAGAUGUAGUGGCAGGGUACUUGUAAUCCCAUCUA